AUGACGGUAGUACUUCAAGGUAACCUCAACCGCUGCAAGCUGGCACAAGCGUUAAUGGCUCAGCUGGCAAUUGACAAGGGUGCUGAUAUCUUUAUUAACAGCGAGCAAUACGACCAAAGUAGAGGCGCAGGCUGGUUUCAAGAUACAUCUGGCACAGCGGCGAUCUGGGUAAUUAACAGCACGCAGUUUCCCGUACACAAGCACGGUGUAGGCGACGGAUACGUAUGGGUGACGAGUGGCAGGGUCACAAUUGUCAGCUGCUACCUCUCGCCAAACGCGGGAAAGGCGGUGUUUCACGAAAAACUAGAAACAAUUGGAGAUCUGUGCCGUGGUCUGGACAGCGAAAUCAUCCUGGCAGGCGACUUCAAUGCGAAGUCAUGCGAAUGGGGGAUGACCUGGACAGACAGAAGGGGACGAGAGGUUAGUGACAUGGCAGCGAUGCUAGAGCUGACAAUCCUCAACAACGGAAACAGUACGACUUUCAGAAGGGCAGGCCAACGAGAGAGCAUCCUUGACAUUACCAUGGCUACACCAGUGAUAGCGCGCAAUGUUAAGAAUUGGCAGGUACUGGCAGAGUAUACGGCUAGCGACCACCAGUACAUAUACUUUGAUAUAGAUAGUGAAAAUCAGCGAAUGAAGUUCUACAAUUCGCAGAAGAGCAAGGGUGGCUGGAACGUGGCUAAAUUGGAUGCGGCUACCCUGGCAAAUAGAGAAUAUCUGCUUGCUAAAAAGACGCUGAACUGGGCAAUAAAUGCUAGUAAACACGAAAAAUGGGUAGAAGUCCGUUUAUCAGUGGACACGGACACCUGGGGCCUUCGAUACCAGAUAUCCCGACCGUGUCGUCAAGGAAAAUGUGGUUCCCGAAACCGUUCCUCUCUUCACUGA